AUGCCAUUCCAGAAGCAGCCAAGUGUUCUUCAUAAAUUCAAGGGGAUCCUCUAUUCUACGCUGUGCUCAGAAGAACUUCUAAAUUCCCUGGAUUUUUUCAAUGCAAGAGAAGAUGAUGUGUUUCUGGUGUCCUAUCCAAAAUCUGGUACCCACUGGGUUGCAGAGGUCAUUGGGAACAUUCCCAAUGUUAGCAUGAGUCUAACUUCUCCUAUUGAGUUGGGAGACAUUUCUAAAUUUGAAGAGCUAAACAUGUAUUGUAAGAGAAGAGUUAUUCCAACGCAUUUGAGCUACAACAUGCUACCGAUGAAUAUUAAACAAAAACAAUGCAAGAUUAUCUACAUCGUCAGGAAUCCAAAGGAUACAGCUGUUUCUUUAUUCCACUACUACAGAGAUAACCCCAAUCUCCCUGGCAUUGAAACCUGGGCUGGAUUUCUAGAGCUUUUCCUAAGAGGAGAUGUUGUAUAUGGAUCCUGGUUUGAUCAUGUUUUAAGCUGGGAAGAGCACAAAAAUGAUAAAAACAUUCUAAUUUUAUUCUACGAAGAAAUGAAAAAAGAUCUUUCUAAAAGCAUAAAGAAAAUAAUUAAUUUCCUUGGGAUAAAUCUGAGUGACAGUGAAGUUAAUAAGAUUACUCAGAAAACAUCAUUCAGUGAAAUGAAAAAUAAUGCGGCCAAAGAAAACUGUGACCCAAAUCAUACCAUCUGUGCCCUCACAACUAAUAGGAAACUGGUAUUUAGGAAAGGAGCGGUGGGUGAUUGGAUAAACUACUUUACUUCAAAGCAGAAGAGAGUAUUUGAUGAACUAUUCACAGAGAAAAUGAAACACAGUGAACUAGCAAGACAUUUUGAAGAUUCCUCUUAA